UUCCUUCUCCUUCCUUUUUUUCUUAAACAAAGCUCAAAGAUUGGCCAGCGGUGCAGUCCAGCCCUGGCUCCUAGCAAGACUCACCCAUGCUUCUUCAGGGAACAUAUUUCUUAUCCUGCCCUUGUGGUGAUUUUAUAACAGAACAUUUUUAUUUGCAUUGUAGGAUUUUCUAGCACCUAUAAUUUGAGAGACAGAAAAUGACAGAAGAAGAAAAAGUUUCCUUCUGAUCUUUUGGGGACUUCCUGAGAGUGAAGAUGCGUAAGCAAGACUCAGCUGGCCCUGGAGCAGGAAGAGGUCAUGGCAUUGACACUGGGAGCAGUGGGGGAUUCUGGGAAAGCUCAGGGCAGAAGAUCCUGGGAGAGGAGGACACCCUUCGCUCAGAGGCGCAGAGCCGGCAGUUCAGGCAGUUCUGCUCCCAGGAGGCCAAAGGACCCCGAGAGGUUUGCAGCCGACUCCACCACUUCUGCCGUCAAUGGCUGAAGCCAGAAAGGCACACGAAAGCUGAGAUGCUGGACCUGGUGAUCUUGGAGCAGUUCCUGGCUGUCCUUCCAGCGGAGAUGGAGAGCUGGGUGAGGGAAUGCGGAGCAGAGACCAGUUCCCAGGCAGUGGCUCUGGCCGAAGGUUUCCUCCUGAGUCAGGCGGAGGAGAGGAAGCAGGGAAAUUAUACUUUUGCAGAAAUGGGUCCUGAGGCAGAGAGGACUCCGUUGGUCGCCAGAGAAGCCUUCUGA